CUUUUACCACAGGCUUUUACUUAGAAGUUAGUACUUAAAAGUGAGAAGGUAGAUUUAAUUUGGAUUUUACAUCGAUUUUUGUAUUUGUUCAUAAAAACUAAUGGUGGUUUUGUUAUUGUUUUGAAGUAAGAGAUAAUAGGUGAGAUAGAGGCGAAUAAGUUAAUAUCUUAUUCGCCCUAUCACAUUAGAGUGAUACAUUAUGCCGCAAAUUGACUUAAAUAAUGUUUUAUGUGUAUCGUGUUUGUGUAUAGGAAGACGAUUACAAAAACUAAGUGAAAGUUUAACUAAGUUUUAUAUGGAUGCUCUAUACGAAAUACCACUAUCCAAUGUGGACUGUAUAGAUCCAGUUGUGUGUUGGGAGUGUGAAGCAAUUUUGAAGAAAUGUCUAUCCUUUCGUGAGCAAGUUAAGGAUUCAUAUAGAAUUCUUCAAACUUACACAGUAGAGAACCUUAAUGAAUGUCUGCUUAGUGAUGUGUCUCGUCCACCAAGAUUAAUUGUUCAUAACAAUGAUGCAGUAAACAUAAACCCAUUUAAUGAAGUUAAAGUUAAAUUUGAAACAGAGAUACUAAAAACCGACACAGACUACCAAUUAUCAGAUACAGAUGACAUAAACAAUGAUGAGAUACAGACAGUUUUGUGCGAUAUUAAAAAUGAAUUUGUGUCAACAGAAGAUGAGAAAGACAGUCUUUCAAUGAAAAAUUUUGCUGACAUAAAAGAUGAAAAAACUGAUUUUGAUUUACUAGUAGAAAAGAGAGCUACUAAAGACAAUGACAAGAGAAAGUUAAACCGAGUAAGAGAUAAAGGGAGAAGCAAAAUUAAGGGUGAUUCAACCAAAUAUCCAACUUAUAAAUCCUUACCAAGACAAGUUAUACAUAGAAAUGAUCAAGUUCAAAGGACACCAGAGCUUAAAACUCAAAGGAAAAGAGUUCAAUGUGGCGAAUGUGAUAAAACAUUUAGUCAUCGUGCUGGUCUGAUGAAUCAUCGUAUUACAGUGCACGAAGCUCAAAAUGAAUUCCCAUGCAAAGUAUGCAAAAAGGUGUUCAGGUGGAAGACAAGUCUUAAACGACAUCUGGAAAAACACGCGGCGAAUACUCAAACUCCUGAAGCAUUUUGUUCUCUAUGUGGUAUCGGUUUUGGGAGUGUAGCAUCACUACAGCGACAUCUUAGAAACAGUUUGAAACAUGUGACGCCGGAUCAACUUAAAACCCAACAAUCAUCACAGGGGUCAGAAAAAAUUAGAGUAAAUAAUAAUAAAAGAGAACGUCAACAAAGAUACAGGGAGAAGAACAGAGACAAAUUGAAGGCGCGUGAAGCGAAAAGAAGAGAACGCAUCCAAUAUUCACAAAUUAUUGCCAGACCAUCUACCUCUUCAAACACGAAUAGACUAGAACUGAAAAAUGAAGAAAUAAUUACUGCUCAAAGUUCAUCUGGUUCGGAAAAAAUAGAACCAUCAUCCAUUCAAAGAAAUGAUCUAAAUGCCCUACAAAAAAAAAGAGAACGUCAACAAAGAUACAGGGAGAAGAACAGAGAUAAAUUGAAGGCGCGUGAAGCGAAAAGAAGAGAACGCAUACAAUAUUCACAAAUUAUUGCCAGACCAUCUACCUCUUCAAACACGAAUAGACUAGAACUGAAUAAUGAAGAAAUAAUUACUGCUCAAAGUUCAUCUGGUUCGGAAAAAAUAGAACCAUCAUCCAUUCAAAGAAAUGAUCUAAAUGCCCUACAAAAAAAAAGAGAACGUCAACAAAGAUACAGGGAGAAGAACAGAGAUAAAUUGAAGGCGCGUGAAGCGAAAAGAAGAGAACGCAUACAAUAUUCACAAAUUAUUGCCAGACCAUCUACCUCUUCAAACACGAAUAGACUAGAACUGAAAAAUGAAGAAAUAAUUACUGCUCAAAGUUCAUCUGGUUCGGAAAAAAUACGACCAUCAUUCAAAGAAAUUAUCUGAAUGCUCUCCAAAAAAAAAAGAGAACGU